UCUGGAAUUUUGUGAGGUCGGCCAUGUUUUCCUGUAUAAAAUUCUCUAUCCCUUGCCCAAUUUUCUGCCACUGAAAGCAAAUUUUGCUCAAUUCAUUUCCUCUCUUCUGGAUUAGAUUAUUGUUAAUUUGUCUGGGUAAAUAUGCAGAUUUUCGUGAAAACCCUAACUGGGAAGACCAUCACCUUGGAGGUGGAGAGCUCCGACACCAUUGAUAAUGUCAAAGCCAAGAUACAGGACAAGGAAGGGAUUCCCCCUGACCAGCAGAGGCUCAUCUUUGCCGGAAAGCAGCUCGAGGACGGUCGCACACUCGCCGAUUACAAUAUCCAGAAGGAGUCCACCCUUCACCUGGUUCUCCGCCUGAGGGGAGGCAUGCAAAUCUUCGUCAAAACCCUUACCGGCAAGACCAUCACCCUCGAAGUAGAAAGCUCCGACACUAUCGAUAACGUCAAAGCUAAGAUACAGGACAAGGAAGGUAUCCCUCCGGAUCAACAGCGUUUGAUCUUCGCCGGUAAGCAGUUGGAGGACGGCCGGACUCUUGCCGAUUAUAACAUCCAGAAGGAAUCCACUCUUCAUCUGGUGCUUCGACUCCGUGGAGGUAUGCAGAUAUUUGUCAAGACCCUGACGGGCAAGACUAUCACUUUGGAGGUAGAGAGCUCGGACACCAUAGAUAAUGUCAAGGCAAAGAUUCAGGAAAAGGAGGGAAUUCCACCUGACCAACAACGUCUCAUCUUCGCUGGGAAACAACUUGAGGAAGGACGAACUCUCGCUGAUUAUAACAUUCAGAAGGAAUCUACCCUUCACCUUGUCCUCAGGCUGCGCGGUGGGCAUAUGGAAUGAAUAUCUUGGAUGAUGGUGCAUACUGCAUACUACUUGUUUAUGUUGUUUCUGCGGAAUUAGUAUGAUAAUGUUGUCUUUUUUGUUCUUUGUUUUAGAUGUUGUGAAAAGGCCAUAGCCUAAGAUCUAUGAAUAUGAUAUUCUAUCAUAUAUAUAUAAUGAUUUGAUAUUAUGAAAUAUGGCUAUUCUGGAA